CAGAAGCCACCAUGACACCACACUUUAAAACAUAAUCUUACACAUCCAACCAUCCAUGCCAUACAUACAUAAAAUCACGCCUAUUCCCCUUUAAUACUAAAUAAAACGAAUAAAUAAAUGUGCAUCGAUCUUUGUGAGCCAUGGGCGACAAACCGAAACCGAAGAUCACGAAAAUACCUCCGUUCUACCAAUUCCUUUUCGGAGGAUCAGCCGGCAUGCUGGCAAUUUGCAUCGUCCAGCCCAUGGACCUGCUGAAGACGAGAAUGCAGCUGCUGGGGCCCGCCGGCAAGGACUACACCAUGGUUAAGAUGGCCAAAGAGGUAAUCGCUAAAGAGGGUAUUUUUGGACUUUACAACGGGAUAUCCGCCGCGCUGUUCCGACAGGCCACGUACACCACCGGACGCCUCGGCAGCUUUAACGCUCUCACCGAUGUAUACACCAAAUCAUACGGGACGCCAAACUUCGGCAUGAAGAUGCUGAUUGGGAUGACCGCGGGCGGCAUCGGGGCGCUCGUGGGCAACCCAGCCGAAGUCGCGCUUGUAAGGAUGACCGCUGAUGGCCGCCUGCCCCCCGAGAAGCGAAGGAACUAUUCGCAUGUGUUUAAUGCGCUUGGCAGAAUGGUCAGCGAGGAAGGCGCAGGUUCGUUGCUCCGAGGUGCUUCGGCCACCGUCUCCCGCGCAGCGGUCGUCAACGGCGCACAACUAGGCUCCUACGCUCAAGCCAGAGAGAUGCUCCUACCCAUGAUGGGGGACUCUAUGUUCCUUCACUUCACUGCGUCUAUGAUAGCCGGCCUUAUCACCUCUGCUGCAUCACUACCGCUGGACAAGGUUAAAACGAAAGUGCAAAGCGCGGCAAAAGGGGGCGAACAAAAAGGCAUGGUCGGCGUAAUAUUUGAGGUGCUAAAGAAGGAGGGCAUCCUAGGGUUCUGGAGCGGGUUCCUGCCCACCUACCUUAAGAUAGGACCCCACACGGUCUUCACGUUCAUAUUCCUGGAGCAGAUAAACGCUGCCUACUUCAGGGCCGUCAAUGCGUAACUUUUGGACGCCAACAACAUUUUAUUGCGCAGACAUAAAAGUUUGUUCUAACGGCUUUUUCCGAAUCCGCGUCGACAUAUG